GGCGGGAGCUGGGGGGCGGGCGGCGCUCUCCGUCCUCCUGCUGCUCGCCAUCCUGUUCCUCCUCGUCCUCCCCGUGCCGGUGCCGCUCGUGGCCGCCGCGGGCUCUCCGGGGUGUGGGUUUACCAACACCCCCCAAGAAAGUGCCUUCAGCCGAAAAUCCGCGGUCGUUCUGGUGCGGUCCGCGGUCCGCUGCUGCCGAAGAGCAUCCCCGUGUUUCCAGGGAAAAAUCGGUGGAGGUUUAUGAGGCCACCCUAAAGCCGCGGGGUCUCUUCCUGCUGGCCUGCUUUUCUGUGCUCCUCGGGGAUGUCUGUGAGCUCCUUUUGGUGUCUGUGUAAUAGCGUUUCCUCUGCAAAGGUGAGUUUGACUUGUCACGGCUCAACUGCCCGUGGAGAGGAAGCAGCACACGGCGUUCACUUUCUUUCUUCUUUGGUUGGACAAACAGAUGUCACCCUGUGAAACACAAAUGUAUUUUAAUUCAUAUUUGUGCUUAAAACCACACUCGUUUUGGGUCAGCUAAGAGUAGUGUGCACUACAGGUGGUUUGGCACUCAGUUGGCCUUGGUCUUCUGGCAGCUGUGUUGUUUUUUGGCUAAUGCCAAGCACAUUCAGACCUGGGAAGAGAAGAAUACAUCACAAACUGGCUCAAGAGCCCCAGUCUUUCUGGUAAUUACCUGACUGUUAAACUCUCAUGGUCAAAUGAGUUUCACUUAAAUGCAAGAGAUGCUUGUAUACUUCUAUCGAGCAAGCUUCUUUUCUGGAUAUUCAUCUUAGAAGUUGAUACCAUUGCGCUCAAAAUAAAGCUUUCUAAACUUCUGUUUAAAGUUAUGUUGAAAAGAAAAAAGGUUUACAAUUCAUGGGGAAAGAUAAUACGAGCUCACAUUUAAAAUAUCUAAUGCUUUAACUUUUUUUUUUGCAGAUUAAUAAUCGUACUGAAGCAUUGUUAUGGAGCUAGAAUGGCAGUGAAAGGAAUUUUAAUUAUUUACUUCCAAUUAGGUAUUUUAAAUAGGGAAACAUGGGGUUAUUUUAGACCUUGUUUUUGAAAUUUUAGGCCUUCAGCUGGUCAUAAGAAACAGGAGUUAAUCUCAGCGUUUGAAUAUUUCCUGUUUUCUAACAGUAAUACUUGACUAAAAUGUUGAAGUUCAAAAUGUCUUAUUCAUAUUUUGGUUUAGCUUUUUCCUGUAAGUUACUUUAAAUUAGUCUGUGAAUUUUAAUAAAUAUUUUGACUGGAAUCUGUCAUUUGGAUUCUGUAGCUUUUUUUGAUUGUCCAGCUUGAACUAGGACUGCAAGAAUGUGCUAUGCUUAUGCAAGUGAUCGGCAUGACAGGUUAUUUUUUAUCUCCACUGUUAUCUAAGAGUUUUACAACUAUUCAUAGGGUGCUUAUUUUUAAAACUUUGACAUUUUCUCCAGGUUUAAGUUUGUUUUAUAAUACAAGUUCCUCACUGCCACAAUGAGGCUAGUAAUUCUUGAAGAUUAUGAUCAGGCUAGUGAAUGGGCAGCAAAAUACAUCUGUAAUCGUAUUAUCCAGUUCAAGCCAAGUCAAGGAAGAUAUUUCACGCUUGGUCUACCAACAGGUAGUACGCCUUUGGGAUGCUACAAAAAGCUGAUAGAAUAUCACAAAAAUGGAGAUCUCUCUUUCAAAUAUGUGAAGACUUUCAACAUGGAUGAGUAUGUAGGGCUCCCCAGAAAUCAUCCAGAGAGUUAUCAUUCCUAUAUGUGGAAUAACUUCUUUAAGCAUAUUGACAUAGAUCCAAAUAAUGCUCAUAUCCUUGAUGGGAACGCUCCAGACUUACAGGCGGAAUGUGAUGCAUUUGAAAAGAAAAUUGAAGAAGCGGGAGGGAUUGAUCUGUUUGUUGGAGGCAUUGGUCCAGAUGGCCACAUUGCAUUCAAUGAACCCGGAUCAAGUUUGUCUUCAAGAACAAGAUUAAAGACUUUAGCAAUGGACACCAUUUUGGCAAAUGCUAAAUACUUUGAUGGAGACUUAUCUAAAGUACCAACUAUGGCGCUAACAGUUGGUGUGGGUACAGUGAUGGAUGCUAGAGAAGUAAGAACUCAUUUAGUUCUAGUUGCAUGUGUGUUUUCAAGACUAGUUGGUAUUGAUACUGGGAUUGAAAGUAAAGAGACCUUUGUUUUGCAGGUGAUGAUUCUUAUAACAGGUGCACAUAAGGCUUUUGCAUUGUACAAAGCAAUCGAAGAAGGAGUCAAUCAUAUGUGGACAGUUUCUGCUUUCCAGCAACACCCUCGCACUAUCUUUGUGUGUGAUGAAGAUGCUACUUUAGAACUAAGAGUUAAAACUGUGAAGUACUUUAAAGGUUUAAUGCAUGUGCACAAUAAGCUUGUGGACCCACUGUACAGUAUGAAAGAAAACUGAAAGAAGAAUUGAAGAGGAACUCCAUGUGGGUCAACAGCAACUGUUUUAGGUAGCAGAUGAGUUCACUGCUAUGCAAUAUGCUGAAAACCGUUUAAAAUGGGGAAUCCUAGGUACUGUAUUUUUUAAAAGGUCCAAUAUCUGUACAUUCACAUUCCAUCUGUUUGCUGUGUUGUGCAUUUAGCUUUAACAUUUGGAGCUCUGCUGUUGAGUGGUACAUCACUAAAUGGAACAGAAUAAACCUGUGAGAGACUGCAUGUUAUGUAGAGAGGGGGAAAGCAGAGCACUUACUCUAGCACAGCAGUGUAAUGCAUCUGCCUUGUGUUAAAGAAGAUGAUACUUUAUUUCCUGGAAUUUGUAACUUUUGGCUUGAUUAGUGUAACUACAUUUUGCAUUUGUGUCUCUAGGCAGAAUGGUUUUGGCCUUUGUCAAUACUAUGGACUUGUAAUAGUUGUACAAUUUCUACUAUGAAACGUUCUGUUUACAUGUAUCUAAUAUACACUGAGCUUUUGCACUUGGUUGCCUUAAAUUUAUCUUAAACAGUUUUUGGGCAUCCCAAGACCUGCUGUAUAGUUCAGACAAAUGAAAAUACAAGAACAGUGCCUAAAAACGCACCAAAUUCUUGCAAGUUAUAACUUACUCCACGGAUAAAAAUAUUAAACUUCUGCCAGAGCACUUUUUCCUCUCAUGUAUUUAAAGUUACUUUAGGAUUUUUAUAUUUUUGGUAAUCAAGCUUUAUACAUAAGGAAAAAUCUAAAUGUUCCUUUCUGGAGGUACCUGUUCAAUUAUAUAAUUGAUGUUACUAUUAAAUGCCUGAAAAGAUGUUAAGUUAUACAGGAACAUAAUGUCUGCAAAUUUAAUGGUCAUUUAAAGCCAACUGUUAAUCACUUUCUCAUUGUAUCAUUAUAAACAUUGAGCUGUUACAAGGAAUGUUAUUUCCUACUUUGAAUAUAAGUAAAACUAUAAAUCUCUAAUUUCAAAAUUGUUUCAUUUCUAAUAUAAUUUGUCAUGCGUAAAUACUUCAGAGCUUCAGGGAGCGAUUAAGCACCAAAGGAGGAAGAUAAGAGUUCACUGAUUUAGACUUUUUGGGGGGGAGCAGUGGGAUCAUGUCCUUGUGUAAAAUACUCACUGAGAGAAAAUGCAACAAAGCAGAACUUGAAGAAUUUAACUCUUCACCUAGAUGACAGACAGGUAGCCUUAAUUACAAAUCACAUCUUCUCCUGAGGAUGUGGUAGAGUCUCAUCUAGGCUCACCUUUUGCAUAAAGGGUUGGACCAGAUGGUCUUUUAACAUCCCUUCAAACCUGGACUGUUCUACGGUUCUGUGAAAUUACAAAAGCAUGGAAGAGUCUGUCUUAAAAGCUUUUGGAGGGUGGGCAAGCAGUUGUAAACAGGGUAUAUAGCAGGGUCAUUAACUUGCAUUUAUGAUUGCCUUGUGUACACUGUAUGUUAAGCACACUGCACUGUAGCUUUCAACUGAGGACUAGCUAACAAAAGAAAUAAAACUUCAAGUACACAAAGACAUGUUCUAACCAAACCUUCAUGCCAAAGGAAUUCUUUAAGGCUUGAACUGGUCUUUUGGUGGAGCAGUUACAUAUCCUGUGGUUUAAUGUAUUAAAACUUACGAUUUCUCUGGAGCUGAGUAUAGCUAGGCUGUACUAAUGGUAAACUUAUACACUUCAACGAGUUUAAAAUACAGUGUUGUACAUUAAAAAAGUUUUGAUUUUUUUUUCCCCUUGAUGUUAUUUCCCAGCAUCAUGAUGAUUUUCUGACAUCAGCAACUUUAGAAGUAGUAAAACAGGAAGCAGCUUGAUAUUGUUAUGGCAACAGCUAAAACUUUACAAGAA